UUCACGAGUAAGCAAAACAUGCUUGAUUAUUACCCGGCGACUAAAUUUCUGCCUAACCCCAAUUCUAUAAAAUCCUAUCCUCAAGCGGCAAUCCUCAGUUCUCAAAAAUGAAUUUUUUAAUAAAUUCAGUGAGAUAAGGGUAAAUUUAAAUUUUAAAAAAUUAAAUUAGAAUUGUUGCUGCUGACUUUGAUCAUUCCUGUGCUAUUUGGAAUAAUAUUGGGAUGUGCUUUUUUGGUAAAAGUAAACUAAUUGCGGCACUUUCUUGUUUACACCGCGCUAAUUAUUUGUGUCCGUUGGAUUGGAAAGUUUUAAUAAAUAUGGCUCUUGUUUAUUGCGCGUUAAGGCAAUUUGCGUCAGCUUAUCAUUUUGCAGCUGCUGCCUAUGCGGUUAAUUCAAAUAAUGCAAGUAUUCUAUGCGUUAUGUCUCUUAUUUUAACUGAACUACAAGAUUUUCGAAAUGCAUAUGCUGCAUAUAAAAAGGCUAUAAAACUAGAACCAAAAUUAUGGAUAGCUCGCUACAAUUUGGCUAUUUUCGAAUCUCGUCGGUCAAAUUAUAAAGAAGCUGUUAGUAUUUUAAGAGAAUUGGAGAAUGAGGGAUUAAAUUAUGGAGAAAAUAAAAAUCGUUUAAAUUCUGAGGAACUUAAGCAGUUAAUUGAAAAAGUUCGGAAAAGAUUUGAAGCUAUUGCGGCAAUUGAGGGAGGUGCUGUGCCAGAAAUAAAGGAGGAAGAGGAAUGA